CCCGGAGGCGGCACCAGGAAGCGCCCGCCCCGGCCGGAGCCGCCAUGUAACCGGCGCCGCCCGGAGCCCCGAGCCGCACGGGGGGGCCCCAGCGACUCGUCCCCCGCCCGACAUGGGGGACGAGGACGAGGACGAGGGCUGCGCCGUGGAGCUGCGGAUCACGGAAGCCAACCUGACCGGGCACGAGGAGAAGGUGAGCGUGGAGAACUUCGAGCUGCUGAAGGUGCUGGGCACGGGAGCCUACGGGAAGGUGUUCCUGGUCCGGAAGGCAGGCGGGCACGACGCGGGGAAGCUGUACGCCAUGAAGGUGCUGCGAAAGGCGGCGCUGGUGCAGCGCGCCAAGACGCAGGAGCACACACGCACGGAGCGCUCGGUGCUGGAGCUGGUGCGCCAGGCGCCCUUCCUGGUCACGCUGCACUAUGCCUUCCAGACCGACGCCAAGCUGCACCUCAUCCUGGACUACGUGAGCGGCGGCGAGAUGUUCACCCACCUCUACCAGCGCCAGUGCUUCAAGGAGGCCGAGGUGCGCGUGUACGGCGGCGAGAUCGUGCUGGCCCUGGAGCACCUGCACAAGCUGGGUAUCAUCUACCGGGACCUGAAGCUGGAGAACGUGCUGCUGGACGCCGACGGCCACGUGGUGCUCACGGACUUCGGGCUGAGCAAGGAGUUCCUCACGGAGGAGAAAGAGCGGACCUUCUCCUUCUGCGGCACCAUCGAGUACAUGGCCCCCGAGAUCAUCCGCGGCAAGGCGGGCCACGGCAAGGCUGUGGACUGGUGGAGCUUGGGCAUCCUGCUCUUCGAGCUGCUCACGGGGGCCUCGCCCUUCACCCUGGAGGGCGAGAGGAACACGCAGGCCGAGGUGUCCCGACGGAUCCUGAAGUGCUCCCCUCCCUUCCCCCCCCGGAUCGGGCCCGUGGCACAGGACCUGCUGCAGAGGCUGCUCUGCAAGGACCCCCGGAAGCGGCUGGGCGCGGGGCCCCAGGGGGCCCAGGACGUCAAGAGCCACGCCUUCUUCCAGGGCCUGGACUGGGCUGCUCUCGCUGCCAGGAAGAUCCCGGCCCCGUUCCAGCCCCAGAUCCGCUCGGAGCUGGACGUGGGCAACUUCGCAGAGGAGUUCACUCGGCUGGAGCCCGUGUACUCGCCCCCCGGGAGCCCCCCGCCGGGGGACCCUCGAAUCUUCCAGGGCUACUCUUUCGUGGCACCGUCCAUCCUGUUUGACCGCAACAACGCGGUGAUGACCGACGUGCUGGACGCGCCUGGCGCCGGAGACCGGCCAGGCCGCGCGGCCGUGGCCAGGAGCGCCAUGAUGCAGGACUCGCCUUUCUUCCAGCAGUACGAGCUGGACCUGCGGGAACCGGCGCUGGGCCAGGGCAGCUUCUCCGUGUGUCGCCGCUGCCGCCAGCGCCAGAGCGGCCAGGAGUUCGCCGUGAAGAUCUUGAGUCGCAGGCUGGAGGCGAACACGCAGCGCGAGGUGGCCGCCCUGCGGCUGUGCCAGUCGCACCCCAACGUGGUGCAUCUGCACGAGGUGCACCACGACCAGCUGCACACCUACCUGGUCCUGGAGCUGCUGCGGGGCGGGGAGCUGCUGGAGCGCAUCCGGCAGAAGCGGCACUUCAGCGAGUCGGAGGCGAGCCAGAUCCUGCGCAGCCUCGUGUCGGCCGUGAGCUUCAUGCACGAGGAGGCGGGCGUGGUGCACCGGGACCUCAAGCCGGAGAACAUCCUGUACGCGGACGCGACGCCCGGGGCCCCGGUGAAGAUCAUCGACUUCGGCUUCGCGCGGCUGCGGCCGCAGAGUCCGGCGGGACCCAUGCAGACGCCCUGCUUCACGCUGCAGUACGCGGCCCCCGAGCUGCUGGCGCAGCAGGGCUACGACGAGUCCUGCGACCUCUGGAGCCUGGGCGUCAUUCUGUAUAUGAUGCUGUCGGGGCAGGUCCCCUUCCAGGGGGCCUCCGACCAGGGCGGGCAGAGCCAGGCAUCUGAGAUCAUGUGCAAGAUCCGCGAGGGGCGCUUCUCCCUGGACGGCGAGGCCUGGCAGGGCGUGUCCGAGGAGGCCAAGGAGCUGGUCCGAGGGCUGCUGACCGUGGACCCGGCCAAGCGGCUCAAGCUGGAGGGGCUGCGGGGCAGCUCGUGGCUGCAGGACGGCAGCGCGCGCUCCUCGCCCCCGCUGCGGACCCCCGACGUGCUGGAGUCCUCGGGCCCCGCCGUGCGCUCCGGGCUCAACGCCACCUUCAUGGCGUUCAACCGCGGCAAGCGCGAGGGCUUCUUCCUGAAGAGCGUGGAGAACGCGCCGCUGGCCAAGAGGCGGAAGCAGAAGCUGCGCAGCGCGGCCGCCUCCCGCCGCGGCUCCCCCGCGCCGGCCGCCGCCAAGGGGGCACCGCGCAGAGCCAACGGCCCCCUGUCGCCCUCCUAGCUCCGCCACUGUGACCCGGGAGCCCAGAUGCCCAGGGACCUCCCCGCUCGCCCGACAGAGCAGAAGUAUUUUUAUAAGCAGAGAAUUUUUUAUGUCUUAACCCGAUGGACUCAGAGCCGCAGGGGAGGGGGCUGCGGGGGGGGGAGACCCCUCCCCCACUUCUAAGCACUGAGUUCGCCGCGGAGGGGGAACCAGGACCCCUCCCACCCCCAGGCCCUGCUCCUGGGAGGGGCGCCCUUGAGCUGUCACUUUAUGGACUGUGCAAUUCUGUCCACCAAAGACCUGUGUUGGGGGGGACUGAGGAAGAGGCCCUGGGGGCCCCCUGGGGCACUGCGCCUCUCUGGGUCACCUGCUUCUCCCCCACGGGGCUAAGGGAGGAGGCCCCCUCUAACCCCUACCCUCCCCUACGGCACAGCUGCUCCCGGCUGGGGGGUGGGGUGGGGUCCGUCACUGCCUCAGCACGUCCGGGCUGUGCCUUUGACUUUGAAAUAAAAGCCCACCCAGUGCUGUG